CGCACACCCUGUCUCAGAUAAUUAGCCGUACUCAUUUUAAUAUAAGUUAGGGAGCAAACAGCAGUAGGCAGGUUUAAAGGUGUGUAGAGAUAACUGGCGCCUAUCCAGGUUUACCAAUCCUCACGGCCACACCUGAUGGAAUGCAUUAGACAGUGUGUGUAGACAUCAGAGUAGUCGUGUGUACUACAGCAGUAUUGUUGAGCGUGUGAACGAAGGAGUUUGACUCGAGUGAAGUAUAGGGGCUUUCAUGCAAUAAGGAGAUUUGGUGGAAAUCGGACUCGAGCGGCUUGGUGUUUGGGACCCCACGGACCGGCUGUGUGUUUUGGAGCCACUUGAAGAGCUUCGUCAGAGCAGUGACCCUGGUGAAUGUCAAAACCAUGAGCCAAUAGUGACAUACGACAGCAGCUAAAGCAGCCACACAGAUGUUUCGGAAAAAAGCCUCGUCCUCCUUGAGAAUGCGAAGAAUGUCAGAAAACAAUAGUAAACGGAGUGUGGACCGCACCCGAAGCUCCUCCUUCCAUGAGGUGCGCAGGUCAAAAGAGCUGGAAAUGAGGGCAGCAGCCUCACUUUCAGAGGACACAUCGGCUAGCAACAGCAGCGGAAGUAGCCACACUGUUCUACAGCGCCUCCUACAGGAGCAAAUGCGCUAUGGCGAGGGACGCAAUUACCUUGCCCAGCAACAACAACAACAACAGCAGCAGCAGCAACAACAACAGCAACAGGGUCCAGUAAGUGGUUACCCGGGCCCUGGCAGUCCAGGGGACGAGCACUCGAUGGUCCCCCACAUUGCAAGGCAGGAGCCUCAGGGCCAGGAGCUGCAGGCCGACAGCGGCAUGGAAAAGCUGAGUACGCGCAAUGCAGGAGGAGGAGGCAGUGCGGGCACAGGGUCAGGUGCUGGAAGCUGUUUGAGUGGACAAGGGCCUAAUCCCGAGGACCUUCCUACCUACGAGGAAGCCAAGGUGCAGUCGCAGUACUUCCGUGGCCACCAGCCUCAACAGCCUCAACAACAACUACCCCCAUCAGUAGGUGCUGCAUUUUAUGUGACUGGUGUUAGCAACCCUAAGGUGCGUCCCCCAGAGGGGAGGGCAACGUUGCAGAGGGUAAUUGGGGGCAAAGUGCACCAAGAUGAUGGACUCAAAGAUCUAAAGCAAGGUCAUGUGCGUUCUCUAAGCGAAAGACUGAUGCAGCUUUCAUUGGCGACCAGUGGAGUUAAGGCUCAUGCACCUGUUACCAGUUCUCCACUUUCCCCCCAACUGCCUCCACCAGGACUGCCAGGAGACUACUAUAAACCCUCUGGUCCCCCACACAGGGGUCCACCACCAGACUACCCUUUCAAGGCAAUGCCCUCUCCACCCAAGCAACAACAGCACCAUCAGCCUCCACACCAGGAGCCUGGACACUUCUACCCAGACCACCGUGCCACAAACCAACCAUCCAGGGCUGACCUACCCCAUGUCCGUUACCAGCCACCACCCGAGUAUGGCUCUUUCCGGUCAAAUAAAGAGAGUUCAAGUCAUUCCCAAAGGUCUGUCCAUCAACACAGCCCCUCCUCUUCCGUUACGUCAGGAGGAUCUCUCUCCCGUGCACAGGCUUCCGCUCUCAGCAACAUCUUGGCAUCUUCCCACCAUCCUCAACCUAUGGGCCAUCAAAUAGAACCACCCUAUCCCAUUGGUGCACGAACCCCGCAGGGUCCUGGCUCCCACCAAGGCGAUCCAUACGGCCAAGGACACCCUCCCCACCAGCGGAGCCACGGAUUUCCUCAUGAUCCUUAUGGGUCAGCUCCCAGGGGCUUCCAUAUGCACCAGCAUCAGUACCACCAGCAGGGUCCCCAACAGCAGCAACAGAGUCCAGGACAACACUACCCACAUCCACACUCCAUGCAGGGAGAUCCUUACGCCAUGCUAGCACGGGCCCAGCAAAUGGUGGACAUGUUGUCAGAAGAGAACCGAUUACUCAAACAGGAGCUGGAAGUGUGUGGAGAGAAGGUGUCCAAACUGCACAAGAUGGAGAAUGAGAUUCAGAUUGUAUCCGAAGCUUACGAGAACCUGGCCAAAUCGUCAUCUAAAAGGGAGGCUCUGGAGAAGACCAUGAGAAAUAAGCUGGAGUUGGAGGUGCGCAGGCUGCACGACUUCAACAGAGACUUGAGAGAGCGAAUGGAUACAGCCAACAAGCAGUUAGCCGCUAAAGAGUGCGAGGGCACCGAGGACAAUCGUAAAACUAUCUCUCAGCUUCUGGCUCAAAAUAAAGAAACCCAGAGAGAGAAGGAGAAGUUGGAGAUCGAGUUGAAUUCACUUCGCUCCACCAACGAGGACCAGCGCAGGCACAUCGAGAUCCGUGACCAGGCCUUAAAUAAUGCCCAAGCCAAAGUGGUCAAACUGGAGGAAGAGCUGAAGAAAAAGCAGGUGUAUGUAGAAAAGGUGGAGCGGAUGCAGCAGGCUCUUGCCCAGCUUCAGGCUGCGUGUGAGAAGCGAGAGCAGCUGGAGCAUCGACUGCGCACACGGCUGGAGAGAGAGCUGGAAUCUCUUCGCAUGCAACAGAGGCAGGGUGGCUCUCAGAACACAGUUGGUCCUGAGUUCAGCACAGCAGCUUUGAUGGAGCAUCUGAGAGAAAAGGAAGAGAGGAUUUUAGCCCUGGAGGCCGACAUGACCAAAUGGGAGCAGAAAUACCUGGAGGAGAGCGUCAUGAGACAGUUUGCACUGGACGCUGCUGCUUCUGUGGCCACACAAAGAGACACCUCCUCCUCCAUCAUCAGCCACUCCCCCAGCAGCAGCUAUGACACUUCGGUGGAGGCGCGAAUCCAGAAAGAAGAGGAGGAGAUCCUUAUGGCCAACCGUCGCUGCCUGGACAUGGAGAGCAGGAUCAAGAACCUGCACGCUCAGAUCAUAGAGAAAGACGCCAUGAUAAAGGUUUUGCACCAGCGCUCGCGUAAAGAACCCGCCAGCAAGUUAGAUGCCCCGGCCAUGCGGCCCUCCAAGUCUCUGAUGUCCAUCGCCACGGGAACUGGCAGCUCGGGCAGCUCCGGGCUGUUGUCACACUCGCUGGGUCUCAGCGGGAGCAGCCCAAUCACAGAGGAACGGCGAGAGGACCGCAGCUGGAAGGGCAGCCUGGGUGUUCUGUUGGGUCCAGAGUUCAGAGGAGACUCCCUGAGGACCGAGUCCAUCUCCUCGUCUCCAUCUCCAGUACUUCCAGCCACACACUCAAAAACCGGCAGCAGGGACAGCUGCACCCAGACGGAGAAGGGUCAGGAGAGCAGCAAGCCGAGCACGCCCGCCCUGCAGAGCUUAACCUCACCUAGCCGGAUAAGCAGCCCGAGCCCCGUCUACAUACCGGACCGGAUCGCCGAUGUGCCAGUGUUCCACAGCAGCACGCUGGAGAGGAGAGCACCGGUGCAGAACCUCCUUCCAUCUCUCCCGCAACAGAACCAGAAUCAACAGGACGUGGAUAAUGAAAUGGUAGAAAUUCUCAUCUGAUCUCAUUCAUGAACACUUCACAGUACGUUUCACUCCACGACAUGUUUGGAUCAAGACUGAUGGGGUAUUCAGAAACGACCCUUUUCAUUGUAGUGCGGAAAGUCAGUUUGAGUAUUUUCUGGUGGUCAUUUCCCCUCCAGACCCUUGGACCAAAUGUAUUGGUAAUUUUUUUUUAUACAUACAUUGCACUACUCGCGUUGUGUUUCUUACUUUUUUGGGUAUGUUUUUUGUACUAAUAUUUCAAAUGUGGCACUUGAGUAUAUAGCGGUAUGGUAACUAGCCGAACAGUUAUUACGUGUAAAUCAGAAUACUGUAAAACAUAUACGCAGAAGAACUGAAUGUCACAGAGCGUUUGGUUAUUUAUGCAUUAUGUCUGUAGAGUUCAACAAGUAUUCGCCUCCGGUCCAAAAGCUCUUUGGAUGUGAAAGUAUGAAUGACCCAACUGGUAUUGGGUUUGUCUGUGUGAGAGCCUGCAGGGGUCCUAUCAGAACCCAGGUCCAUCAUUCCAGGUGUCUUUAAUGUGAGGUACCAUGUUUUGCUUGUGAUGGAAGCCAGAGGUCCACAUACAGUAUAAAGUUUGGAAAGCCUUCAACCCUUUUGUUCAUUGUACUGGUCACUGUUAGGAACCACAGUUACAGAAGACAAAAUAGCUUUAUGUCCAGCCUCAUGGUGCUAGAUAUAUAUGUAGCUUUUGACCAAAGUUAUCUGAAUAACAACAUUAUACUUAAAUCAGGUUACAAUAGGGGCCUUAUUCACGAUUACAAGGAUGUGACAUGGACCAUAUUAAAUCAGUAAAAAGCAGAAAAAUCAGGGGAUUUUGCAGAUAUUCGUCAUUUUGUUGUGUGCUUUGUAUUUUAUUUUUUGACAUUGUGGAUUGUAAUCUGUGGCUGGUCUCUGAUAGCACGUGUACCAUCAGGACAUCUGUUUAAUAUGUGCAUUUAAGGGGUGUGACGAGAUACAUGAUUGGGUUCACGAGAACAAGAUUUUUACACUUUUUAAAGCAACAUUAUGUAGUUUCCAUGUAAAAAUGACUUACAGCUCCCCCAUGUGGUUGAAAAGCGCAACAGUGCCUGGUAUCAGACACUCUUCUGCAGGCAGGGGGAGGGGCGGGGCCGUGUUUCCUACCCUCCACCGCCACUUUCAGAGUGUGCUUGUAGCAGCUAGGAGGCUGCUCAGGUUGCAGCAACAGUACAAUUUGUCCAGUUAAAAGUUGUUCUAUCACUGAAAUAAUUUUAGAGACAUUAUUUAAAGGUAAAAAAACUACAUAGUGUUGCUUUAAAAAAUCCUCCAUGAUAAAAUAUGAAUGGGAAACUGAAAUCACAUCAUUUUGAAAUGUUUGAACUAAUCUACAACUGUCCCUAACAACUAUUUUAGUUGAAGUCAUUUGAUAUUUUUUGGAUUAUAAAAAAGACCUAAGUGAGCAAACCUUUAACAUUACAUAUAAUAAUGACGCUGCAAUAAUAAUUGGUUAAAACACAUAAAACAAGUAAACACACAGUUUAAUUAAACAUAAAUAUGUUAAAAAAAACAGAAAUAUGUAUUAUAACAAAUGCCUGCAGAGGGCGUCAGCGGACUCACGCAUGUUAUCUUUAUUUUCAGUUACUAUUGGGAAAACGUUUACUUUUAGCCAAACAAUGAUCUAAUUUCUAUUUAAAUCUUUAAUAUUUGGGAAAUAAUUCUGUAAUUCUUGAGCAAGAACAUGCAGAUAUUGAAUCAUGUGGGGGUUUAAUCUGCUGACACACUUUACAUCUGACAAUAUCUGCGUUUCCUUUACAAAUUUGCAAAAACCUUUAGCGCUAUUUUUAAAUGCCAACAAAAAUCUAUUGCGAAAUGACGGCGUUUCCAUUAACCGAUGAUAUGCAACUGAAGUUUUUUCUCUUGCGAUAGACUGACGUUGGUAGGUUUACUAAUAUCACAUCCACUGCAUUAUUUUUAAAGGAAAACACCACUGUUUUUUAUAUUUUACUAUGUUCUUAACUCAACUUAGAUUAAUUAAUACAUACCUAUCUUUUUUCAAUGCUUGCACUUAAUUUUUGUACAUCGUGUUGUGAAUGUGUUAGCAUUUAGCCUAGCCCCAUCCAUUCCUUAGGAUCCAAACGGGGGGGUUUAGAAGCCACCAAACACUUCCAUGUUUUCCCUAUUUAAAGACUGUUACAUGAGUAGUUACACAAGUAAGUAUGGUGGCACAAAAUAAAACGAGGCAAUUUUUUUCAGCGGAUAAAAGUGCUCUUCCGCCUAAGGAAUGAAUGGGGCUAGGCUAAAUGCUAAAACAUUCACGACACGCUGUACAAAGAUUAAGUGCGCGCAUUGAAAAAAGAUAGGAAUGUAUUAAUUUAUCUAAGUUAAGGUAAGAACAUAGUAAAAUAUUGAAAAACGGUGGUGUUUAACCGAAGGAAAGUAUUAUCCAAUCAUUAAUGCCACACCGCCGAUGUCAAGUGCGUCAAAAAACUAUAUGUGACUGUUUCUUUAAACUGAUGUAAAAUUGACACGAACAGUGAUUGGUGAUCUUUUGCAUGCAUCAGACUGGCGCGAGGUCAGAUUGUCAGACCUGAGGAGGUUUUUGCACUGCCAUGACUUUUACCUCAUGGCAGUGCAAUAAAACGCACCCAUCCAGUGAGAUUUAAGCAUUAGAUAAGCCACUGUUACCCAAAAUGAUAAGAUGGUGGUGCUAAAAUACAGAGUGGCACUACAGAUAAUUUUCUCAGACCCAACUUUAUGUGGACUCGGUCUUGACUCGGACUCGACCUUUUCUGGUCUCAGUCUUGACUCGGACUCAACCCUCUCUGGACUCGGUCUUGACUUGAACUCGAAUGAACAACACUGACGCACAGUAUUAGAAGCAGCAACGUACAGGUGUUUCUUUUCUUAGAGGUGAAAGUACAUUAUUUUAAAUCAAAAGAGAUUUAGGAGUGUUAUCCAAACAUUGGCAAGGAACCCCUUCUUGGGAACACACACGUAUUGAGGUGUUUCUAAUGCUGCAUUUACACCAACCGCGGUAAGGGCGUGAAGCGCGAGUGAUUUCAAUGUUAAGUCAAUGUGAAGACGCGUUGACGCGCGUCAGGAGGUCCCGCGGCGCGGAAGAGGCGUUCGGCGCGGCGCGGAAGACGCGUUUCCGCCUCUUUCGCGCGUGAAGCUCGGGCGAAAGGCGCGAAUUGAGCGUUGUGCGCGGUACGCGCGGUAAGCGCGAAUUGUGCUUUUUGUGCAUCUAGCGGUUCACGCGAAUUUGCGGCUGACGCCCGAGUUGAAAAAUUUGAACUUUGGCGGAAUUUCGCGCCGCGUUAACCAAUCAGGAGCCUGCUUGCUGCUGUGGUGGCAGCCCCGCCCGGAGUCACUCACUCAACCAAGGCUUGAUAUUGUCCAUAAGCAGACACUCGGAGCUAUACGACACAAGUUCUUAUUUCUAUAGAGGAGACAGGAAUAAAAAGGACCUCGCUUGGAAGAGUGUCAGUGAGGACAUUGGGGAACCUGGUAAUUGUAAUAGCCUACACACUUCACUUUUGAGUAACGUGACGUUUAUCGACCCGUGUCGUUUAUUUUCCCCAUAGUAAGGUUACCAAAUACAAACUGGUAACUCUCUCGAUAAAUGCACAAUCAACAUCAGUCAUUUUGCAAACAGACAACCGCAUAGCACUUGCCCCUCCCACAAGAAGCGGAGUUUGCCUCUGACGCGCGUCAAAUGCUUGGUUUUUCCGCGCGUCUACUCCGCUCUACACGCGCGAAUGCAUCCAAAUUGUUCAAGCGGCAAACCACGCGCGGUAGACGCGAUUUUGACGCCCAAACCGCGUUUGGUGUAAACUCAGCAUAAGAGCGUCAUCUUCAAAUAAUGAUUUGACUUACUUGCAUCAGCUGACUUAAAAAUGUGAAUAAACUGUUUCCAUUGAAGUUUUGCCAAAUACACUUAUUACGAAUUGCCUGAAAAAACACCUAAUGCAAGCAUAAUUAUUUUUAUUUUUUGUGAUAUAUGGGAGUUUUUGUGAAAUUAACAUUUCCAUUGGCACUAUUUUCAAUUCCCAAUGUCAGUUUGCGCAUGGGUAAUGGAAACGCAGCUACUGAUCAAACACAACCCAUUUUGGAAUUAUAUGAGUUCCCAAACAAACGUUAAAGGAAACCUAAAAAAGAAAGCACACGCAGGAAAAAACUGAAUAUAAUGCAUGCACUACAAAAGGUUAUCGCAAAAGUACUGCGAGAGUGAUCCAUGGGACAUUUGAAUCUCGUCACACCUCUAGUGUUUGCACAUCAGCACAAUGAUUCUACAAUAUUCCCUGAUAAAUGUUAUAGCAACAUUCAGCAGAUAUUUGGGUGAUGUUUAUCAUUUACAAUGUUUGUAAAUUAGCCAUUUAGAAAGGAAGUGAUUCAGCCCACUGCUAGGUGAAGUAAUGCAAUGUCAUUUCAAAACUGUUCAGGACCAAAGAAAUCAGAUCCUAUUUACCAGUUUUUAUAAAACAUAUGCAACUAUUUGGUCUGAUAGCAUUGAACUUUCCCCCCAAAAUGUCAAUUCCAUUGUUCAAAACAGGAUUUUUCUUACGUAGAAAAACAUUUCAUAGUUGCUUCGUGAUUCUUGAUACAGACCAAAUCUUUUCAUUUAGAAGUAACUAAAUCUUUGUCUCAGUUCAACAUAGUGUUUGCUUUGGCAUGGUACUUGACAUUUUGUAAGCAAUCUUUUAUCUCAUUAGCCUGAGAUAGAAAGCCACGUUUUCCGCCUUCCUGUGUUUCUUUUCUGAAAUGAACAUUUCCGGCACGGUUAGGCCCAUUGUCAAAACGCUCAACGGCAGUGUUUUUAUGACCACUUUCUUAAUUUAGACACUAAAAUGUUUGAAGAUCACUCAUCUAAUUUGGGCACAAACUAGGACAAUGGACCUGAGAGCUCAUUGAGGCUAUGGUGGGACUGAUAAACAUUUCAAAAUACACUAGAAAUAAGUUAUACCCAAUGUGCUUUCAUACAAAAACGGCAAGAAAUCGAUUAAGUUUGAAGACCUGGUCACUUAUCAGUUCAGUCCACCAAAGCCUCAGUAUUGUCUGCUAUCUUGGUCUUGCUACAUUUGUUACUUAAAGUCUGAAUUUCCAUAGAAGAAUGUGUUAUAGUCCAUCUCAGGACGAGUUACGAGAAUGUGUUUUUGUAUUUCAGCAUCAUCAGAUUUCCAAUUGUAUUAUUUGUCCUCACAAGGAAUGUUUUCGUUCAUUUCACUAGUAUUUGUUUUUUAUUACAAAGUGUCACUCUAGUUGCUGCUUGACAAUGUUGUUACUGUACAAUCAUGAUUCAUUUUUUAUUCAAUUGUAUUCUUGUUAAUCAGUUCUUCACAUCUUAUCUAUUGCAGAUUUUGUAUAAGGCUUGACAUUUUUAAUUUGGUUUAUAGUCAAAGAUGUUUCACAUAACUUUUUGUCUUGGUUAAUUUAAUUUUUUAAUAAACUGAUCCAAUUUUA